AUGCCGUUCAACCUUUUGCUGCUGCUGGGCGCGGCUUUCCUCGUUGGCUCGACUUUAGCCUUUCUUCGAAGAAGCCGACGCACCAUUCUCCUUGAGCGCCUUCGCGCUGGCGGGCGAAGAGUAUCAGGAGCAAGAACCCCUCCAAGAUCUCUAUCACCCAGCCAAAAGACGGAAAUCCCUCUCGAAGUCGACUACUCUGACACGUUCCCGCCAUCACGGCGAUCAGCACUAGCCGGAAUCUUGAAAGAUGGAGAACUCGACGAGCCAGCAGAGGAUUGGACGAAGAACAUGCUACGAAUGGAAAUGCCAUACUUGAAAGCCGACGAUGCAAAACGUCUCCCCUGCGGUUUUUCCGUCAAAGAGAUCAAGGCUCUCGGCGACUUCCCUGACUAUGCUACCCUCAGCGGCGUACCGCUUCCAAACCCAUAUCCCGAGUUCGACAUAAACAAGGCACUGCCUCGACCAUAUCGACCGUUCCGAUGGCCAUACCACCAGACCAUGUCCCUCAGCAAACUCCAACCCGAUUGGUGGAUCGAGCUCGAAAACACCUACACAGAACGCAUCCAACAACGCAAAUCCCUCUUCACCCAACAUGGCACCGACGUCCUUGACGCCCUCCCCGGCUCCGAGCUCGCCUGCAAAGAACUAAUGGAAACAGCCGUCCAGUUCCUCUGCGCCCGCUACCCGCACUACUUCUCCCUCUCCCCAGACAAGUCCAUUCUGCGAAACGGUAUUCUGGACUCGGAAACCAAUAUCUCCGCCACACACCCGUUGCACGUGCUCCUCGACAAUGUCCCCGAGGACUUUGCCAUCAUGCUGCGCGAUGAGCGUAGCGGCCGUUAUGUACUCCGCGCAGGCGUCAUUUGCAGUGCGUUGGGCUGGAAUCUAGGAACGAAGCUAGGGAAGCAUCUCGCGGAUAUUCAUGCGCCGAUUCCGGAUUAUAAGGAGAAAAUGGCGUUUUCAAUGGAUAGAUACUUUAGCAAAAAACCAACCGACAAACCCAUCCAACGCGGCUCCUGGGGCCUCGAAAUAAAAACUCCCCUCUACGCCCCCCCUUCUUCCCCCCUUCUCGCCCACCGCAACCACCAACUACCCCCUUCCGAACUACCCCUUGAGGACAUCCACUUGCGCGUGGACUGGCAGACGCUGCGGCGCCUCCCGCUCUCGGGGGCUGUGGUGUUUAAUUUCAAGGCCGUGUUUACGCCGGUGCAGCAGUUUAGGGAUGAGCCGCGUAUCCCGGGAUUACUGUUGAAGGUGUUGGAGGAAGGAAAAAAGGAACUGAUGGAGUACAAGGGGACGUGGCAUGUGGAACACGUGGUCAAGGAUGCGUUGAGGGCGUGGCAUAAGGAGCAAGCAGCGAAGGGGUGGGUGGAGGAAGGGUGGGAUGCUGAGACGUUGGGGGAGAGUCCUUGGUUUGAAGGGUGGGAGGGGAAGUGGAGGGGGAUGCAGGGGUUUUGA